AUGGCCAUUGCGAAUCUCGUCAAGCGCAUUGAACUACCGCGUGGCUCGCGCUUCAUCAAUGAAGAUGUCAGACCUGUUGGGACCGAGCGACGAACAUGGACGUUUCUAACGUUCCACAACUUCUGGCUGUUGAUCAACUGCAACAUUGCGACGUAUCUGACGGGCAGCGCGCUGAUUCCCCUUGGCUUGACGUGGUGGCAGGCCAUCAUCGCCAUCAUCCUCGGAAACAUCCUCGCGACUGCGGCAUUGAUUCUUGCUUCGCUUGCUGGAGCUUAUUACCAUGUGGGCUUCCCUGUCUUUAGUCGAGCGGUAUGGGGAAUCUGGGGAUCGCAGUUCGUCAUCUGGAACCGCAUCUUUCUCUCCCUCGUCUGGUAUGGCUUCCAGUCUUGGGUCGGCGGACAGUGCACGUAUCUCAUGCUUCUAUCAUGGGAUCCCAACCUCGAGAAACACAUCCCCAACACGAUCCCCGCGUCGACCGGCAUGACGUCCGCGCAGUUCGUCUCCUACUUCAUCUUCUGCAUCGUCACGCUCCCGUUCCUCUGGAUCAAGCCGCACCGAAUACAAAAGUUCUUCUACUUUGCCAGCUCCGUCACCCUCGUCUUCUUCCUGGUCCUUCUGAUCUGGGCGCUGGCGACCAUGGGAUCGGAUGGCUUUGGAGAUACCCUUUCUGAUAGCACGCCUCUUCCCGUCACUGGUGGUCCGCAGAGUGUUACGUGGCUUACCAUCUCGGGAAUCAUGUCGACGAUUGGUGGUAUUGCGGCGGGUAUUCUUAACCAGAACGAUUAUGCGCGUCUGUCGAAGAAGCCGGGUGAUGCUAUCUGGGGACAGACGGUUGCGUUUCCGCUUUACAGUAUUGGAGCGUCUGUCAUCGGCAUCCUCGUCACUGCCGCGACGCAGAAGCGCAUGGGCGAGGCUAUCUGGAAUCCUCCCACUCUUCUCGCCGCUCUUCUAGCCAAGGAUCCAACCGCAGGCACCCGCGCCGCUAUCUUCUUCGCCGGUCUCGCCCUGUCCAUCUCCCAGCUCGGCAGCAAUCUUCCCGGCAACGCCCUCGCCGGUGGUAUCGAUCUCGCAUCCGUGUUUCCCAAGUACAUCAACAUUCGACGCGGUGCCUAUCUCAUGGCGCUUCUCAGCCCCAUCGUCAACCCGUGGCGUCUCGUCAACACAGCUACCACAUUCCUUACUGUUCUCUCGGGCUACAGUGUCUUCCUGGCGCCCAUGACUGGCCUCAUGGUGGCUCACUAUAACCUGGUGGCGAAGGCCAAGGUCAAUGUUGACGAUCUUUUUGUGGGUAACAGGGAUAGCAUUUACUGGUACAACUUUGGUGUCAAUUGGCGUGCUUUUGUCGCGUGGAUUGUCGGUGUCGCGCCUACAAUGCCUGGCUUCAUCGCUGCUGUCAACCCCAAUGCUAAGGUCUCAGAUGGCGCAAAGAACCUCUACCAGCUCAACUACCUCUUUGGGUUCAUCGUCAGCGCUGCUGUUUACUACGCACUUCACAUGGUCGUCCCUGAUAAGAAGUUCGACGCCUUCAUCAAGGAUGGUAUUACUGCCAAGGAGGUCCAAGCUGUUUAUGAUGAGCGCUGGGACAUGACUUACUCCGAGAGUGAGUCUGGAACAACCGAAGAGCACUCCUAUCAGCAAAACAAGAGCCCCAACUCCCUGACCACGUCUGUUUGA